AAUUAGGAUGCUUUCCUACUCAAUUCAAAAUAACGUUCUUUUUUAGCUUUGAUCAACGGAUCUGUCGCCGGCUGACAGGGGGGGAGAGAGAGAGAGAGAGGGAGAGAGAGAGAGAUGGAGGAAGACGCCGUGAUCUCCACUGAAACGCUAGGUAGGAAGCUUUCGAGGUCGGCGAAGGUGAAGAAGCCGGAGACGAAGAGGAUCAGUCCAAGGAACCAGCUCAGUGAUUUCAACAUCCACGCUAUUCCUCCACUUCAAACUUCAGCUGAGGGCCAAAGAAGAGGAUGCUUCCGUUUCCUCCGUCCUAAUUCCUCGUCCAAGGAGGACUCCUUCCUAAGAUCCAAAUGCCAGCACCGUACUCCCAAAUCUGCUCCUCCAAUUUCGAGAAACCUCUCCUCGAAAGAAAUCACUAAUCCCACUUCAUUACGGAACAAUAACCGUUCAAAACCCAUCUCUGAGAACCCUCAGAACAUCCGAUCGAAGAAGCCUGCGAAGCCGAAUACCCCAGAUCUUCUCCAUAAAUGGAAUCUGCGAAGACCUAUUUCGAGAGAGCUCACUGGAGGUAAAAUUAAGAAACCUGAAACUAUCUGUAAGGUCGAUUUUAAGGGGAAAAUUGGAUCUGGUAUGGCUUCUACUCGAGAGAGAGCUAUUACGCCUGAACUGAUUAAGCCUGGUUCUGAGGCGAAGGAAGGCAAGGAACAGCUUUCGGCAACUCCUCGAUCCAACCCCACGCCUCCCAUUCAGGCCUCGAUAUCGCCGGAGGUCCCCUGCGGUUUAACUGUGGCUCCGACUCCAGUGUGUUUCGCUACAGGGCAUGUUAUAGCCGGCAUCCAAGACCGUAGAAAGUGCAGGCCUCGUGGCAUUCUAACCAUUGGCGAGGAGCAGAGUAAUAUAUCUCGGGUUUCUUCAGCGCCUCCGCCUCUUGCCGAAGCUUCCGUUUGCUGGUUUUCAUCUCCCUUAGUCAUUGGAAAUGGAAGUGGCAGGGAUGCCUCUAGUUCUGAAGUUCGGACUUUCGAUUUUCCUGAUGAAGCUUCUGUUAACUGGCUUCUGUCUCCAUUUGAUGUAGUGGAGAAAGAGAUUGGGACUAGUUCAGUGAAGAAAAAGUUUUCCAUUUUGGAUGCUGAAAUUGGAGUGGAAAAAACACCAUCAUCUUGCACUGGGAUUAUAAGAACUCCUACUUCGAACAGUAGUGUAAGUCCUUUUUCAGUCAUUGUACAACGGGCAGAAGCAUCUUCCAGGCUCCAAGUUCUUAACUUUCGCAAGGAGAAAGUAGAAUAUAGAUAUGGCGAUGCUUUAGAUGUUUCUCCUUUUUCUGAGAAAUCCUGGAGCAACAGUGGUGCUGUUUCUACUCCAUCAUCAUAUACCAAUUCCAGAAGAAAUGGUGUCAUAUCUCCUUUGGAGACUGAUUCUGCUACGGAGGAUUUGAGAGCAAUGAGACUGUCAUCGAAACAAGCAUCAGGCAACAACCAGAAUGAUAUUUCACCAUUGCAUGGGUUGAGCUUCAACUUUGGUUGCCAACCUACACCUACACCUUUGAGCUCCAUUGAUCUGAAUUGUUUCAAAAGCUCUAGAUGUGAUGAGCUCUCCAAGUUAGAGGUUAGAGAGAAGAAUUUAUCAGCAUCAGGUGCAAGGAUAUCAUGGCGAGAUGGACUUCUUAGUAGGAUUUUUCAGAUGGGCGAGUUGGAUUCUUAUCACAAUUUUUUUGAUGAUGAUGAAAAUGCUUAUUAUCCAAGAGAUGGCAAUGUCAAAUCUGAAUUUGGUUUUAAAUAUGCCUUGGAAAAUGUGAAUUCGGCCUUUGAAAAAGUAAAUGGUUUUGGAUCAUACGAGUUUCCAGACGACAACAACAAAAUAGGUGUUCAAAAGUGUCAAUCAGAAGUUCCUCCUAUGGAGCCCAAUUCAUUUGCUGAAUCAAUUAGCACAGAAGGUGGUCUUAUCUCUUCUGGUGACUCUGAUUGGACUGUUUUUUACAAAAAUACUUUAUUUGAAGUUUGAAUGUAUCUUUACAUCUUGCCCAUUAUUUUCCAAUGAACAUAAUUUUCGAUCCUUCUUGGAAAAAAUUUUAUGUUUGUUUUUAAGGAAA